CAGCUAGAAAAGGCAGUGGAAGCCGCGCACACAUUUUUCAUGGCCAACCCUGAGCACAUGGAAAUGCAGCAGAACAUUGAAAAUUACAGAAUGAUGGCUGGCGGCGAAGCGUUCCAACUGGUAGAUCGCGAAGCCAAACCGCACCUGGAGAGUUACAGUGCAGGAGUCAAACAUUACGAGGCCGAUGACUUUGAGUCAGCUAUCAAGUACUUCGAACAAGCUUUGAGAGAGUAUUUCAGUGAAGAUACAGAGUGCCGAGCUCUGUGUGAAGGCCCUCAGAGGUUUGAAGAGUAUGAGUACUUAGGGUAUAAAGCGGGUCUCUAUGAAGCCAUUGCAGAUCACUACAUGCAGGUGCUGGUGUGUCAGCACGAGUGCGUGCGGGAGCUGGCCACCCGCCCCGGCCGCCUCUCUCCGAUCGAGAACUUUCUUCCCCUGCAUUAUGACUACCUACAGUUCGCCUACUAUCGAGUUGGUGAAUACGUGAAAGCCCUGGAGUGUGCCAAGGCGUAUCUCCUUCUGCAUCCGGAUGACGAGGACGUCCUAGACAACGUGGAUUACUAUGAGAGCCUGCUGGACGACAGCAUGGACCCGGCAUCCAUCGAGGCCAGAGAGGAUUUGACAGUGUUUGUGAAGCGUCAUAAACUGGAAUCAGAACUAAUAAAAUCAGCUGCGGAAGGCCUGGGGUUUUCGUACACUGAACCGAAUUACUGGAUUCGUUAUGGAGGACGACAGGAUGAGAAUCGGGUCCCUUCAGGAGUAAACAUGGAGGGGGCAGAAGUUCAUGGAUUGUCAAUGGGGAAAAACUCGUCACCCAAGAUAGACCGAGAUCUAAGAGAGGGUGGUCCCCUGCUCUACGAGAACAUCACGUUCGUCUACAACUCGGAGCAGCUGAACGGGACUCAGCGGGUCCUCCUGGAUAACGUGCUGUCGGAAGAACAGUGCCGGGAGCUGCACAGCGUGGCCAGAGGAAUCAUGCUCGUUGGCGAUGGAUACAGAGGGAAAACUUCACCCCACACGCCCAAUGAAAAGUUUGAAGGCGCAACUGUCCUGAAAGCACUCAAAUUUGGUUACGAAGGCCGAGUCCCGCUGAAGAGCGCCCGUCUGUUCUAUGACAUCAGCGAGAAGGCUCGAAAGAUUGUAGAAUCCUAUUUCAUGCUGAACUCAACCCUGUAUUUUUCCUACACACACAUGGUCUGCCGAACAGCCCUGUCUGGUCAACAGGACAGAAGAAACGACCUCAGUCAUCCCAUCCACGCGGACAACUGCCUGCUGGAUCCAGAGGCCAACGAGUGCUGGAAGGAGCCUCCCGCUUACACGUUCCGGGACUAUAGUGCUCUCCUGUACAUGAAUGAUGAUUUUGAAGGAGGAGAGUUCAUUUUCACUGAAAUGGAUGCCAAGACUGUAACUGCCUCUAUCAAACCAAAGUGUGGACGUAUGAUCAGCUUCUCAUCUGGAGGGGAGAACCCACAUGGGGUGAAGGCCGUCACCAAGGGCCAGAGGUGUGCUGUGGCUCUGUGGUUUACCUUGGACCCACUUUAUAGAGAAUUGGAGCGAAUACAAGCCGAUGAAGUGAUCGCAAUCCUGGAUCAAGAACAACAAGGGAAGCACGGACUGAAUAUCAACCCAAAAGAUGAGCUAUAAAAAUGAGAGAGAGUGUUCUAUCAGAUAUUUAUUUAAAUUGUUAAUCUUAUGAGAACCUUUUUAUUUUUGUACAGAGCCAUGUAUAAAUUAACAGGUGAAUAUGAGUCAGCAGAUCUCCCUUCUGUCCCUAAGGAUGUUCGCUUUGCCUCCCUCUGCCCCUCUGUCUGUCCUGGUUUUGCAUCCGUUCAUCUCUCAAAACUCAGCACCCUCCCCCGUUGGCUGCAGGGCCGAGGCUCAAGCGGAAAGA